GGAAGCCGCAAAUUAAGCCGGCCGGAUCGUGUUUCGCUACUUUUCCGCUAAGUUGAUGAUUUCAUCUCACUGGCCGUUGCAGCGGCAAGCGAUAGAUACCACAUUGUCGGCACUGAACAGCAUAUUGUUUCCAUGAUCUAGUUAAUUAUAUGUUCCCAUUGUCAGGAGCGUUCAUUUGCUGUAUAUGUUUACAGUACGAAAGCUGGUCUAGCGUCGCGAUGUAGCGUGACCUUUGACGUCUACAUAUAGAUAAUCUGUCCUUAUCCAUUGUGAUUGUACGCUGGGGAAGCUGCAUGGUGGCACUGUACAGUGGAUGAUCGAGGAGAGCGGAUAGGAUGUUGAUAGGAUUUCCGCCCAUGAGCGCUACAUGACGCCGGCAUAUAUACAUGCACCGCUGUAUCCCUGGUUAUGUCGCGCUGCUUUCUGCAACUCCUUGCACUGGCCGUCGUCCUAAUGGCCGUGCCGGCUACGGCAUCAGCGGCCGUCAGUAAUGCUGAUGCGAUCGAAAUUAAACCGAGGAUGAACCGGAAAAGGGACGACCCGCUAAAUGGACGGCCUAUAACAGCGGCGGCUGGUCGCCGGCAUUUUGUCAUUCGUAGUCAGUUAAGCGGUGUUGUCGGUCGCGGUAAACGCCGCGCGGGAUGGAACGGCAAAUACGCCCAUUCCAGCGAGGAACGGUACGAUCGGCGCGGGCGGCAGUUCUGGCUGCCGGUGCGUUACCCCGUCGACUACAACGCCCAGUACUACGCAAAGGUCAUGGCCGACCGCGCGGUGCUGCGGGGCAUGGCCAUGUUCCUUCUCUUUUCCUCACUCACCGGGACUUCCGGAGGCGGAGCCAGUGGCGGCCUGGGCGGCGGCGGAGGCGGCGGCGGAGGGAUCGGGGCGCUGGAGCCAGAUCCGUUCGGCGCGGGACUGGCGCCGCCGCCGCCGGCCAUCUUCCCGCCGGACGACAUCGGUGGGCUGAAUCCCUUUUUCGCGCCGGGACCCAUCAUCCCAGGUUUAUUUGACCGGGACUUUUGAACCGUACCGGUCACCACGAACCACCGGCAUCCGGCCGGCACCCGCCGCAUCGGCAGUAUUACCUCUCUCUCUUUCCGGCCACCGGCAUCCGCAUCCCGCGACCCCGGCGGCUAAUGCUCAAGCAUCCGGCUUUCCUCCUUUUUUCCCU